GUGCCUCGUGUCGUGUGUGUCCCGGAAGUGAAAGCGAAGGACUGAUGUGUGUCUGGAGCUGUAGUGUAGGAAUCUGUCGGUAACAUUUGUGUUUAGCGGUGGUUUUCUAGUUUAGAAAAUGGACACGUUAAAUAAACUGAAGCAGUUUGACGCUUAUCCCAAAACUCUGGAGGAUUUCCGAGUGAAGACGUGGGGAGGAGCGACCGUGACCAUCAUCAGCGGUGUCAUCAUGUUAAUCCUGUUCGUCUCUGAGCUGCAGUACUAUCUUACUAAAGAGGUUCACCCUGAGCUGUAUGUCGACACGUCGCGAGGAGACAAACUGAAAAUCAACAUCGAUGUCAUUUUCCCUCACAUGCCCUGCGCCUAUCUCAGUAUAGAUGCGAUGGAUGUGGCCGGUGAGCAGCAGUUGGACGUUGAACAUAAUCUGUUCAAAUUGCGGCUGGACAAAGACCUCAAACCUGUCACCCAAGAGGCAGAUAAACAUGAUAACACUGGAAUGCAUGGCAGCAAAAAACUUGGUAAGGCUGACGAUGGUGAAGUGUUUGACCCCAGUACACUGGACCCAAACAGAUGCGAGAGCUGCUAUGGAGCUGAGACUGAAGACCUCAAAUGUUGUAACACAUGUGAUGACGUGCGGGAGGCAUACCGGCGGCGAGGCUGGGCGUUCAAGAGCGCCGACACCAUCGAGCAGUGUAAGAGGGAGGGCUUCACACAGAAGAUGCAGGAGCAGAAGAACGAAGGCUGCCAGGUUUACGGCUUUCUGGAGGUCAACAAGGUGGCAGGAAAUUUCCACUUCGCUCCAGGAAAAAGUUUCCAGCAGUCUCAUGUCCACGUGCACGCUGUGGAAAUACACGACCUGCAGAGUUUCGGCUUAGACAAUAUAAACAUGACCCAUCUAAUAAAGCACCUGUCGUUUGGUAAAGAUUACCCCGGCAUUGUUAAUCCUCUGGAUGAGACAGACGUCACAGCGCCACAAGCAUCAAUGAUGUACCAGUAUUUUGUGAAAAUUGUUCCUACCAUCUACGUUAAAACUGAUGGAGAGGUGGUAAAAACAAACCAGUUCUCAGUCACCAGGCAUGAGAAAGUGGCCAACGGGCUAAUAGGAGACCAGGGGCUGCCGGGCGUGUUUGUUUUAUAUGAGCUGUCACCCAUGAUGGUUAAAUUCACAGAGAAACACAGAUCGUUCACACACUUCUUAACAGGAGUUUGUGCCAUUGUUGGAGGUGUAUUUACAGUGGCCGGUCUGAUCGACUCGCUCAUCUACCACUCAGCUCGGGUCAUCCAGAAGAAGAUAGAGCUGGGCAAGGCGUCCUAACAGCGCCCCCCGCUGGCCUCCAUGGUGCAACACAGACCAAGACACGGACACGGAGACGGAAAGAAGAGGGACAGACAGACAGAAGGAGCAGUUUGGAAACAGAGUCAAGCAGUUUGUUUUCCUUUAGUUUUUCUGUCUUCUGUCAGAUUGAGUGAGAGAAAUACAGAGAGAGACAGAGAUGUUUUAAAUCAUCCAAGUUUUGAAUUCCUCUGUCUGUCUCUCUUUUCGUUGUGACAAAGCACUGGAGAGGAACUUGUGGGCCUUUUUGAAUUUUGCUCUCCACUGUUAAAUUCGAUGCCAACAGGACAGAGUCAGACAUCAACCAGAGACUUUUUGAGACUGAACUCAAGCAGAGAAGAGGAUGCCAGCCUCCAGAAGCUUCUUCAUGGAGAAAGGGAACUUCCUUCCCUCCCUCCUGUUUACGUCCUGCUUCAGCGCCAGUCAACGCUCUGAUCGCUACACUGAAUGUUCUUUAGAGGAUCUGUAGCCGAGCCUUUGUUCCAGAGGGGUCAUGAUGAGAGGGCAUGGAGACUUUUUAAAGUAAUAUGUCACCCAAAAUUUUUCAUUUUCCUAUCAGUUACUCACCCCAUGUAACCUGGACUGCUUGAUGAAAAAAUGUUUGUACUCACAUUUCUUUACACAGAAUCACAGAAAGCACAAUAGGACAUAGAUAAUGUUUUCUCAUGAUUACAAGAAAAUUGUUUUGCGAUCUCAGUGUAACAAAGAAUGAUUGUUUUGGUCAUAGGUUUUAAUGAUGUCUGGUGAUAUUUUAUACUUUUCUUAUUGUCCACAAAUCCCAUGAAAAAAAACAAAACCAACAAUUAAUUGAUCCUACUAACAGAUAUUUUCUGUGUAUCCAAAGCCUGAUAUAUCUUAUUCCUCUGGGCCAUAGAGCUCCAUUGUUGUCCAAAAAUUAUUAAAAACACAUCAAUGAGCCACACUGGUGCACUGGGUGACAUGUUCCUUCAUUACCAUGAACACACACACUAGUUUAUUUUGACUCAAUCCCACAUACACCGUCCUGCUGCUGGAAAUACUCACUAGAUCACCAAAUGUGGAUUAAUCCACCGCUGAAAAUAGUCCCCUACAAAUGCACUAUUUCCUCCUGUGAAAAACUACAGUGAUUAGCUGUUUAAGAAAAAAUCCUGAGCCUUAUUUAAAGAUGUAUGUCUUCAGAAGGAACCAGUGAGCUUGGGGCUUGGAGUGCCACAAACAUGAUAGGGAUGUCAGAAAUUAUUGAGAGAAGGACUAACACAUUGUUGGUUUUGGUCUUUUCAUGGGAUUUAUUGACAUUAAGAAAAGUACAUAAUAUUGCCUGCCUGCCUUCUCCUUUAAGUUCUCUCGCCACGCACUGUUUGUCUGUUUUUUAGUCAGGAAUUUAGUGUUUAAGUGUUUAAAUAUAGUAACCUUAACUAAAAUUCCAGUCCGUCAGAUAAAGACCCAUGUUCAAAGCCAAGCAGGAUCUGAAAAGAUUAUUAGCAUACCGGUUUGCUAAACAAGUCGCUUGACACGUUUUAAUAUUGUGUGUGUUUAAUGGACUUAGGAGAAACCUCUUCCACCGAAGCUCUAUUCUCUAUGAAUGUGAGAAAGAAAUCAUCCGGUACUCCAGGCCUCAGUUGUGAGUUGCUGAAACAAAACAUUUUGGGUGACGUGUUCCCGUAAAGACUUGCAGUACAUAAAAUGCUUGAAACAAGCUGAUAUUCUUUUGAAACCGCUAAAAUAACAACACUAUACUGGCAGAUUUUUGCCAGAAAAGCCACUAUGUGUAGGAUUUUGUAAGUUUGUUAAAAAAUUAGACGAUCCUGAUGGAGGUUGGUGCAGCCUGUGUUGCUUUCAGCCUGCUCAUCUCCAUGUGCCUGUGUUGGAUCUGUGAGUGGGGGUGCAUGUUAGUCUAUCCUGAUAAUCGGACAGAAUUUUGUUCACUUCAUUAUUCAGUCUGACAUCGUGUCCAUCUGAUCACAGCCAUUGAUGAUACAAGUCCAGCUGGUCAACACAAACUUACAUAAAUCCUGCACAUAACAGCUUUAAAAAUGUUUAAGUGGCCGUUGAGGCUAGCCGACUAGCGCAGCCAAAAUUUGCAGCAUUUGGCUCAGUUUCUUUUGUCCCCCGCCUGGGUUGGACUCAGAAUAGGAAGAUGAACCUCCACCAGAAAAGUCACUGUAGCUUCUUGUGAUUUCAAUGACACAAUUUUCAGAGUGCGCCCUGCCUUUCUUCCUCCCCUCUCCUCUACAUCCAUCCUCAGUUUCACUCAUUUGACACCUAAUGUUUUAAAUGUAUUGCCACCAGAAAAUGUAUGCAAAUUCAGGCGCUGUUUUAGGGCAAGUUACCUCCCCAGUUGACAAAAUGGCCCUUUUCCUGACGUUUCCCUCAACAUGAUCAUGCAGCUAUUUGGAAAUGAAGUCUUCUUAUGAUUUUAACUCUUUUUGUUAUACAUUCAGGAGUGUAAAUACUGUACAGACACAUCCACCACUGCCUCAGAGAAGGGAGGGAAACGACUAAACACUAUAUGUAUCCCACCAGAUGGAGUGUUGCACUGCACUGUCAGUGUUAAAAACUCAGAUUAAGUAGAUGAGAUUUUUUUUUUAAUAUAGGGAAAAGGGCUGCUUCUACUCUGCUUGUUUCUUUCUUUCAUUUGCUGGGAUAAUAGAACGCAAUCUGCCCUGUUAGACUGCUGUUAAACGAUAUGCUUAUGUUUUUGUAUUUUUUUUUUUAUUUUUUUAUUGGGUCUGUGGGUGUUGGGAAUGUUAAAAGGACCACAACAAAACCAGUUGCUUCAGAUGAUGAUCCUCGUCCUGUGGCCCUGUGAGUGUUAUUCUCAUCCAGCUGUUAAUGACAGGCCUAGCAGGGAGGCAGCAGGAAGCUCCCGACCACAAGAACACAGCGUGUAAAUGGCGGGUUGAUUCUGACUUUAUUCCUGACUCAGUGUUGGGUCACCAUAUGAGACCCAGAUGUUUCUGACAGUUUGAUCUUCGCCUCUCUGUGUUUAUUUUGAGCCAAUUUCGACCGUCCCGAGUGUUAGACAGACAGAAACAGACCCAGCCGGGCGAGAUUGUCGGUUAAAAGGAAUUUAUCUGAAAAGACCACACUGGUGGUUUCGCAUGCUACAAAUCAUAAGCAUAGCAUAGUUUAUAUCACGACCGACCAUUUUUAUUUCAAUAUGUUAAGAAAAUCAAAUAUACAGAUUGGAACUUGCUCUUCAAGUUGGUAGUCCAACAGUCAGUUACAUUUAUUGUAUUUUUUUCAUCAUGUUGUAAUGUUGUAAUUGUUAGGGUGUGUAGAGUCUACUGCCUAAUAAGUCUCACUGGACAUCAACUCCAAUCCACAAUGCCAGUCUGUCUAACGCCAAAUGCCACAGGUGCUUUGCUUUUUAUCAGUCUGCUAGGAAACAAAUAGGGCUGCAAGUUAUUUUCAUGAUGCAUUAAUCUAUUGUUCUUAAUCAGUUAAUCAUUUGGUUUAUAAAACGGCAGAUAUAAUUGUGGGAAAAAACCCUCGUAAGGUCCCAGAGCCACUUUCAUGUCUUGUUUUGCCAGACCAACUGUCCCAAAACCAAAGAUGUUCAGUUUACAAUGAUAUAAAAACAGAGAAGAGCAGCAAAUCUUUACAUUUGGAAAAGCUGGAACGAGGGAAUGUUUGCUUUAAAAAUGAAGAGUGUUAAUUAUCAAAAUAGUUGUUUAAUUUUCUGUUGAUCCACUCCGACUGGCUAUCCACAACAGCAAUCACAAGUGUCUACACACAGGUUUCAGGUGUCGCUUUUUAUUAGUUGACUGGAAACAAGUGAAGAGAGAUUAAAAAAUGGUGCUUGUUCCUUCUGAAUAGAUGGAAGAUAGUUUUCUGUGAGUAGUCCUCACCGUGUUUCUUUGAGUUUUGAGCUGUGUUGAUCUGUUUUCCUGAGGCACCAUUUCCGAACUUGACUGCUGUAUUAGGUCACACCAAAGCAGCAUUCUGUGUUUGGUCAGUUUUAAUGUCAAUCAAAAUCAUUUCUGGUCAAAGCUGUAGUUUCUUAAACAUGUUAAAGAACCUUGUGGAUCAUUAUCCGUUACAGGA